UUAUAUAAUUCCCGGCCUGUUUCAGUUGUGCAAAUCGUGAAGGUUUUGCAUGAUUCUCAUGCGGUUGCAAAGUUGUCAAAUGUGUGGACCUUCUUGGUCAUAUGUAUCACCCUCAGGAUCCACAUCAUUAGCAUGGUACUCCAGUGCUGUGAUCUUUGUCACUAUGGGACUGCAAUGAUUUCCAUCACGUUCAUGCCCUUGAUGAUCUUCGUACUUAUGACCUUACUUACUCGGAUCAUCGUCCCCAUCUUCUUACUUUAUACAUUUGCGGAACAGGGGAACUGGGUCAGAUUUCAUGCUGUGAAACAAAUCUGCCAUAUGAUAUAUCGGCGAGAAUGUUGUCUCAGUCUUCACGCUGUUUCUCUUCCGAGUUUCGGUUCAUUUGGUCGUUCCUUUAUUGUUUAUCACCUCAAUCCAAAGUCCUUUACAAGGUGA